AUGAUGCCCAUCCCAACUCGCUCGGCCUCGCUGCGCGAGCCCCGUAAACACGUUUCAAACAUCGCACGACCCGCUACGAAACUAUCCCCCAAUACCACUGGCUCGAAGGAACCUGUUCGAUCGAAUAAUGACAACCGCCCAUCUCCCUCGACCGAGGCUGGGAAAGAUCAUGGCCCGACCGCUCGAGGGAGAAUCCCACUCCCCCAGCGCAGCAAUACACAGGAGAACAGCCGAACCACAGGUCAGCUGCGGCUCCAGCCACCCAGCAGCAGAUCAAGCCCGCGAGAUCCUUCACCGACGAGACAAGAAGCAUCGCCUGUCAAGAAGCAAGCUCCGUCAGACUCGAUGGCAGUGAAGCCAGUGGUACCACCUACCCGGCGUCAAAGCAUCAUGCGACCUAGUGCGCUCAAGAUUCCCGCGAUCAAAUCGGUGACCUCCGCAUCUAAGAGCUCAGCGCCUUCGUUUGCGCCGCCCUCGCCCCGCAAACUAACAGGCAAACGGUCACCCGUGCAGCCUGUGCAACCUCCGGCCAGGAGACCCCCAUCACCGAAGAAAACAGAGAUGCUCCCUCCACCGCGCCCUGCACGGUCUGCUUCCCUGAGGCAGCCUGUCAGUACCGGAAAGAUUCCGCCAGUGGUCAAGGGCCAUACGCGGCACCGAAGCCAACUGUCGCAAAGUACCAAACCAGUCGAACCAGCACCAAGCCAACGUUCUCGCACGAUAUCGACCUAUCAACGACCCUCCUCCCCCAAGAAAUUCUCCAAACCCCCGACGCCAACCCCCGGAAGCGCGCCGCAGCCAGAUAAUCUGUUGAUUCCUUCAUCAUGGCCGGAUAUCACAGCAUUGCAGACAGAACUUCUCCAACUCAGCCUGCUCCACUCGAACGUGAUGCAGCAUCAGGCGGAGUGGAAGUCCGAGACCGAAUCACAUCUACAAAACAAAUAUGAAGGCGUUGCUGCUCAGCACCGGUCUUUGUUGGCCGAUGAAACGCAACAACAGUAUCAGCUUAAUGUCCAUGCAUUGGGACUCUGGCUUUCCAAUUGUCGCGAAAAUCGUGGCUCACAUGAUUUCCCAGAACAAAUUCAAAUUCUUUCACAGGUCCUACAGGAGGUUUCGGACAUGAUCACCGAGAAUGGACUUUACUCCCAGAUUGUGAUGACCUUUAGAACGUGGCUCAGACAAGCAGAAAAAAUCCGCCAGAACCGCGGACCUGGCUGCAUCGACGUUGCUUUUGUUGACCCUCUCCCGCGAAGUUGGAAAGAGCCCGUUCAAGCUCUCAGUUCCCAACUCGAACUUUGUUCACGGCAGCUUCAAGCGCUGGAUAUCCUCGGUUUUGGUCAGGUAGAGCGUGUGGAACAGUCUGCCCUGGCGAGAGUGGCGAGGACCCUGGUUGAUCUCAUCCAGUUGAUGAUGCAGGAAAUCCGAGCUCUGCGAACGCUGGAGGUGGAAGUUGUACGCUCUGAAAGAGAUGCUGUUAGUCUGCUUGCGAGUCGACUUGCAGGCUCUUCAAUUGAAUCGAAGGCCCCGAGGGUCGGUGCCUGGAGGUGCUAG